AAAUUAAAUCGUUUCAUUUAUAAACUGCAUGAUAUUUAUUUGAUAUUAUAAUGUUGUUAUAUUUUAUUUAUUUUAGAAUAACAAGUAUAAGUUUGACAAAUUAUCAAAGUUUUUUUCGUAACGGAUGGGAUGAUCAAAUUAUGUUCCAUUAAAGAAUAUUCGAUUUUCUUAAAUAUCAAAGAACUUUUGCUCUUUCUUAAAAUUCCCGUUAUCCUCGCAUAAAUCUCUUUAUUUUUAAUUCAUUACCGGGGAAAAUUUCCCGAGGGAAAUGUCCAUUUACUUAUCACAUUCAAUUCAAUUCUUAUGUUUAUUUAAUUUUAUUCUUAAAAUUAACUCUUAAGAUGUUUUCGAGAUGAAACUCUUCAAUGUUAAUUAUUUUUUUUUACGAAAAUUAUUAAAAAGAAAUAUAAAUGGUUAACAUCUUAAGUUAGAUAUAUUUGAUUUUCAAAUAAAUUAAUUUAAAAUGAUUAAAAUAAUACAUAUUUUUCUUUUUUCUUAUUCAAUGCACUUAGUUAACAUCACAUUAAUUCACAUAAAUGACGAUUAUGAAAAUGUCAUAAGAUAAAAGAUUUUCGAGAAAUCGAGAUUUUAUAAAAAUUUAUAAAAAUCAUAAAGAAAGAUAUUACCGCUCAUUUUAAUCUUAAUUGAUAAUUAAUAUUAUUCUUUGAUCAAGAAUCUUUACCAGGAAAUGUUAUAAGAAGUGAGAAAAAAGUAAAAUAAAAGAAAGAAAAAAUGUCAUCAAAAACUAGAGAACCGAUAAGAAGAUACGUGAACAUACACGUUUACGCAUAUUUGAACGCGCGUUCGCGUAGCAAGUAGAUAUGAUAAAAAGUCAUGCGCGUUCGGUUACAAGGGGUUGUCGAUAUCGGUAUAAAUUGACGUACAGAUCGUCCCAUGAAGCGCAGAUAGUCGAUCGCUCGGUUAAGAAACAUAGAGAAUAAUAGAAAGAGAAAGAUUUUCAUUGAUCUUUUUGAAGUAUCUCUCAAUCGAUUUGAUUAUUCACAAUGGGACUAAUUCGAACGAUCGAAUGAUCGAUCUUAGUGUGCUUUCAUUAUAAGACUAAUUCGAGUUUUGAUUAAUUGUCAUCGUGAGUCAUUAUUGUUUUAUAUAUUUCGGUGAUAAAACCAAAUUUUUUUUUUAUCGAUCAAGAUCAAACUUUGUAAAUCGGUUUUAUCGUGCACCAAAAAUUGACUAGUUCCCCGUUCUAAAUAUAUUCAACAUGAUGAGGGAUAUCAAGGAGCGAAUGGAUGACCCAGGAAAGUUUCGACAAUUUGUAGCAGCGAUGGUUGUGAAUUUAGCAGCUAUGACAUAUGGAUCAAUGAUCGGUUGGCAAUCACCAAUGUCACCACAAUUACAAAGUGAAAACCCACCAGUUGGAACAAUAGCAAUGACAAACGAAGAAAUUUCUUGGCUGAGUGGAAUUAUGUGUUUAGGAGGAAUUAUAACAACUCCAAUGAUGGGUCCAUUAUCAGAGAAACUUGGACGCAAACUCACGGGUUGUCUCAUUGGCCUACCAUUCCUAAUUUGUUCCUUUUUAACGAUCUUUGCAACCGAACAAAUACAUAUCUUUAUUGCACGUUUUUUCUCUGGUAUCGGGGGUGCAGGUGCGCUCUUUUUAGUUCCACUCUACGUUUCUGAAAUUUCCUGCGACUCGAUACGUGGUAUGCUGGGUAGUUUGGUCGUUUUAGUAGUGAACUUCGGAAUACUGAUAACUUACAUAUUAGGUGGAUUCUUGUCUUACAAUAUCUGUAAUAUUUGUAUCGCUGUGCUACCUGUGAUCUAUCUAGGAAGUUUUCUUUUUCUACCAGAGACACCUGUUUAUUUAAUUCGCCGCAAUCGACUUCGUGAGGCUGAUAGGUCUUUGAUGUGGCUGAGGGCGGGACACCAAUUGACGGUGGAGAGAGAGCUGUUACGUUUGCAGAUCGCUGCGAAGGAAGCCGCAACAUUAUCUAGAUCUAUUGGUUUGAAGGAUCUUUUCAGGAAUAAAGGAACAAUCAAAGGAUUAGUGAUUGGACUAGGCAUCUUCGCUGGUCAACAACUUUGUGGUAUAUUCGCUAUGACAAGCUAUACCGAGACGAUUUUUCGUAUAUCAGGGAGUUCGUUAUCACCGAACACAGCUGUGAUCAUCGUAGGUGCGAUACAAGUUGCAGGAUCUUAUCUAUCAACUUCACUGAUGGAACGAACCGGUAGAAGACCUCUCCUAUUAAUAUCCUGUCUGGGGAUGUGUAUUUGCCAUUACAUACUCGGUAUUUUCUGCUAUCUUCAAGAACUAAAUUAUGACGUUUCUACGUUUGGUUGGAUACCUGUGAUAGCUUUAUCGGCUUACAUGAUCACCUAUUGUUUGGGUUUGGGUCCUGGACCCUACGUUAUUUGCUCUGAAAUAUUUGAUCAGGACCUCUCCAGUUUGGCAAUUACAGUAGCUCUCUUCUUUACUUGGAUCGUUGCUUUCAUAGUAGUGAAGUUCUUUGCAAAUGUCGUAGAUCUGUUUGGCAUGUACGGAUGUUUCUUUAUUUUGGGCACUUCCUGUAUUUCAACUUUUAUCUUCAUUUACAUUUUGGUACCGGAAACGAAGGGAAGAUCGCGAGAAGAUAUUUUAAAUGAAUUAAAUGGUGGAGAUUCUUGGGCUUCGACGAUCGCUGAUGUCAAGAUUUCAUCAACAGAUGCAUGACAUUCGUUAAAGAUUGCUAUUAUUGAAAAGAACAUGGACGUUUUCGUAAAUGAGACGAAUCUUCGAAAUUCCUUGGAUAAUAAUGAGUAAAAAUCAUUGAGAAAGUGAAAAUUGAUUUGUUGGCUGUGCAAUGAGUGCUUCAUUAAUUGUUAUGUAUGAAGUGUAUUGAUCGGCUGGACCGAUAUUUAUGAAUCAAUUUUUCGAACUCUGUACAAAGAAUAUUUUACUCUUAAAGAAGUAUAUAUAUAUAAAACGAUAAUAUUUUAUAUCAAUAAUAUAAGUAUAGAUUAUAUAGGAUAAGUAAAAUGUGAUUGAAGGAUAUCGAAAAAAGAAAUAUUCGUGUGGUAUUGACAAGUCACGUUAUAUUUGAAACGAUAUUGUAUUUUUCCUCAAAAGUAUUCGUUCUAAAACGUAUGAACACAGUGUUUAGAUGAAUGUUUCAAUGUUUUCCAUAAUAUGGUAAAAAAAAUCUGCGAUAAUAAUUAUUACAAGUAUUUUAUAUUUGCAUCGAUCCAUUUUUUUUAUCUUUAACUUUCUUUCUAUUUAUUAAUUAUAUAUCCGGAAAGAGCUUAAUAUACAUACAUACAUACAUACAUACAUACGUAUAUACAUACACACAUACACACGCGCACACCUAUACACACGAAAAUUAUUAUAUAAGUCUUAAGAACAUGUUAAAAUAUAAUAAGUAAUAAUUUUGUUUUUCUUUAAGAGUACUUUGUGAUAGCAGGAAUUAUACUACGAAGAAAUGUACAAUUUUCUAUUUUUACUAAAAUUUGACAUUAUUACAGUUCCUUUUAAAUUUUUAUUAAAAAGUACGUACAAAGAGGAUUCUCAUUAUCUAUCUUCGAAUCGAAAUAUACGCAAAAUAUUUAUGUAGCAA